CUUCAAAAUUUAGUAAAAAAAUAUAAAAAUAUACAGCGAAACAAGUUUCAGAAUUUUGAGUCCUCCUUUCUUUUCCUGCAAAAUUUCUCCUGAGACUUCAAAAUCCAAAUAAAGUAAAAGCUCCGAUCCAUAUCAAAAAGUGCAAAUCUUUGUUUCCCCCCAAAAAAACCUAAACCUACAUGAUCUUGGGGUGAUUUUUCGGUGAUUCUCGCACUCUCCGGUGGUGAUUGAUGGCAGGCACAGAUUGGAGAGGGUGAAACGUUCGUUUAAUUCAACUACAACUAUGGAAUUAUGGAUGGAAUCAAGAAAUAAUAGAGGAAUAUACGUUGCCGGUACUGUGUAUCAAGCCCCAAUCAGAGAUCUGAGUCGUUCAAUCACAAUUUCAGGCACAUCAAACACCUAUCAAAGGAUGAUACUAGCGCUUUCUCCUUUGUAAAAUCAUUCUGCUGUAAAUUACCUGUGUUUUUCUACAUCGUCAGGUUCUGUCUAAGGCUUGGAGUUUUAUUUUAUAUUUAUCCCUUCUUGUUUCGGAAAUCCAUUGCCAAUCCGAGAAAGCCUUUGCAUAGAAGAAAUGGAAGGGAAUCAAAUGAUCCCUAAAGCUGCCAAGAACGGAUAUGGAGUGUGUUGAUGUGCGAAGAAUAUCAUGUUGCAGUGCCUAGACGGAUUUAAGCAUUUGUGUGCUGUCCUGCUGGGGUGUUGUGAUCAACAACGAGAAGGCCUUGUAGAUCCAGAAGUUCUUGCGAGGGUGACAGUUUUUAGUGUAAGUGAAAUCGAAGCUUUAUAUGAGCUAUUUAAGAAGAUCAGCAGUGCUGUAAUUGAUGAUGGGCUGAUCAACAAGGAAGAGUUUCAGUUGGCUUUAUUCAAGACAAACAAAAAGGAAAGCUUAUUUGCUGAUCGGGUGUUUGAUUUGUUCGACACAAAACACAAUGGAAUAUUAGGUUUUGAGGAGUUCGCACGUGCUCUGUCAGUAUUUCACCCCAAUGCACCAAUUGAUGAUAAGAUUGAAUUUUCUUUUCAACUGUACGAUCUCAAGCAGCAAGGAUUCAUUGAGAGACAAGAGGUGCAGCAAAUGGUAGUGGCGACACUUGCUGAAUCUGGCAUGAAUCUUUCAGAUGAUGUAAUAGAAAGUAUCAUUGACAAGACCUUUGAGGAGGCUGAUACAAAACAUGAUGGCAAAAUUGACAAGGAAGAGUGGCGUAGUCUUGUUUUGCGACAUCCAUCUCUCUUGAAGAAUAUGACUCUUCAAUACCUCAAGGACAUCACUACUACAUUCCCGAGCUUUGUGUUUCACUCACAGGUUGACGAUACCUGAGGUUUUGCAUCCAUUUUUAACUUUAGGAGUCUUUAUUGAGAAUGGUUUGUACCUUUCUAGACAACAGUGUGGGCCUACUGAGAUCAGAGUGCCCAGAAGAAAGCUGGCAGUUCAGAUUGUUUAUUGUUAGGAACAAUGGUUUGUAUUUUUUAUUCUAUGUUCAACUCCCAAAAUUCUUUACGUCUUUCAGAGACGUUUUUGGCUUGAGUUAAGUUGCAUUAGUUUUC